AUGGCUGCCACCAUGGACCCGGUCAAGAUUGGUGAUGCCAUCAUGGCAUUUGCCAUAAAUGGUCGCUUUCCUGAAGAUGCCGAUACCCUGCCGCCCGUCUCAGGCACCGACCUCCAGCCCGCCAUUGACAGCCUGAACCAGGCGAGGGUAGAACUUGAAGCCGAGAUACAUCAAAUAAACGAGGAAACAAAAGACGACGUCAGCCUCUGGGCCAGGAAUGCAAAAUCGCUGCAGGAAGACAUCAUCCGCUCCAAGACCAUGGCAAACGAAAUCACCCGCCAAUCUGAGGCGCCUGACGUUUCAGGUGAAGCUAUCCUCGACGCCGAAGAAAAGGUAGCAUUUAUAAAUCGCGAGGUCCAAUAUAGCCAGCAAUUACACGAAGUCCUGCGCAGCCUUAAGAGAGUCAAUGACUUGCAAAACCAAGCCGAGCAGGCGCUUGGCGAGAAGCGCGUCCUAGAAUCUCUGCGCUUUCUGGAAGAGUCGUGGGCGGCCUUGGACAAUGUGAAUGCAGCGCGUUCAAGUCGCGUCAUGCGACUUCUCGAUGUUCAUGCUGUCGAGCUCAAGUCGGCGGCCUACCAAGUUUUCAAUCAAAUAUGGAAGUCCAUGGUCAACAUUGACGUUGACGCCUGCAAAAUUACAAUUCGCGACAUGUCUGAGGACGGCAAAAUGACCCUUGCUGAUGCAGCCAUUGGGCUCAAGGCAUAUAAGGAGGUCGACGAGCGGUUGGAGCAGCUUUGGCACAAUCUCGACACGAGUAUUCUAUCUCCGCGUAUGGACCGCCAUGCCACCUCAUUCCGAAGUAUUUCUACCACGGCCGACGAGCUCAGCUUCUCCGGGCCAACGGACCGCUCCAUUGAUAGCUUGCUUACAGACCUCGAGACAAUCUUUUUGUUUGUGGCAAAGAAGCUUCCGGCUGAUUUAUUACCCAACUUCUCUGCCCAAAUGGUUGGAGACGUGAUACCAAAACUCAUCGACAACUGGCUCAAUACAGUUGUUCCCUCGUCGCUCCAAAAUAUGGACACGUUCCAACACGUCAUCCACCGAACUCAACAAUUUUGCGCAACGCUGAGCGAGAACGGAUAUACCGGCCUGGACCGAAUUUCUACGUGGGCUGAGAAGGCACCCAUGACGUGGCUUGACAAGUGUCGAGAUACUGCGCUCGACGGUGUGCGGAACAGGCUUGCCGGCGGUAUCGGAGAGCCCAAGAAGGUUGAGAAGAUCGAAAAGCACAUGGUUACUGUUGCAGAGGGCAAGGAGCUUGCUACCACAGGCGCUGGCGCCGCAGCGGAUACUUCCGAUUGGAACGAAGACUGGGGCGAUGCUUGGAACGAAGAGGAACCAUCCGCCGAGGUGGCUCAAGAAACCGAAGACACGCCGAUGCAAGAUGACGAUGGUGCGGACGCCUGGGCUAGUUGGGGGGAGAUCGCAGAGGACAACCAGGAAGCUACCACGCCUGAGCCAGCCCAAGCCUCCAAAGCAACACCGGCCAAAGCUGCCCCUAGGCCGAGGCCACAGGCUGAUGAGACGCGCGAACUCAUUCUCAAAGAAACCUAUAGCAUAUCAUCCAUGCCAGAACCAGUGUUGCAGCUCGUCUUUUCAAUAUUGGAAGAUGGCAUGGCUCUAACAAAGGAGGGGGGAGAAUAUAGCCUGGUGGCCGGAACAGACGCUGGUCUCUUUGGCCUGCCAACCCUUGCUCUAGCAUUAUUCAGGGCAAUUUCGCCUCAUUAUUACUCGCUUGUUAUGGGCGGCAAUAUGUACUUGUACAACGACGCGAUGUAUCUGGCCGAAAAGCUCGGCGAAUACAGCGUGGACUGGAAGGAGCGGGAAGAUGUGACACCCCGAGCAAAGGCCAUGCUUCGCCUCGACAACGACAUCAAGACGUUGCAGAGCUUCGCCAACCGUAGCUACGCGGCGGAAAUGAGCAUCCAGCGGACCGUACUGCAAGACCUGCUAGGCGACUCGCAAAGCCUGCUGCAGCAGGACGAGAUGGAUGCUGCCGUGGAGGCCGGGACGACGCGCAUACGAACCAUGGCCAGCACCUGGGAGCCGAUUCUCGCCCGGUCCGUCUGGUCGCAGGCGAUUGGCUCGCUGGCGGACACAAUGGCGACACGUCUCAUCAACGACGUGCUCGAGCUGAGCUCCAUCGGCCAGGACGAGGCGUACAAUAUUGCGCGGCUCAUAUCGGCCGCGACGGCGCUCGACGACCUCUUUCUGCCCAGCAAGCUCGGCGACACGUCGACGCCGCCGCCCACGGACGGCGAAGAGGUGCCGGCGACGGCGCAGUACGCACCCCACUGGCUGCGUCUCAAGUACCUGAGCGAGGUACUCCAGAGCAACCUCAAGGAGGUCCGGUUCCUCUGGUGCGACAGCGAGCUCAGUCUCUACUUUACGGUAAAUGAAGUGGUGGAUCUGAUCAAGGCGAGCUUUGAAGACAAUGCGAGAACACGCGAUACGAUUCGCGAGAUUCGUGCCAAGCAGCCGCUCUCGGCAUAG